CGGACGCGUCUUGCUGCGAGACAACCACGGCGCUGGCCGGUGCGAACAAGGACCUGACGACGAGAACCCGAUGCGCUGACGUGCACACGACUGCCCACACGAACCCAAAGCCACUGGCUAUGUACCAUCGCGACGUGUCGCCUGCACACCAAUGAGUUCGAGGCGGCCCCUCCAGCCCAUCCCCGCGCUGUCGGCCAACAUCUCGAGCACGCGCCACGCCCGCGGCACCACGACAAGCAAGACGGCAGAUGGAACUCUCGACAUGGCGCAUCACGUGCAGGACGAUGCGCAGAACUCUGGAUCGGUGGUGUCGGGGCUGAGCUCGCUCGAAGGCGACGACGAAUUCGAGCAGUUCAUGAUCGAGAAAGCGCGCGACGAGCGACGACUCCACGCAGCCCCCAAUGGCAGACUGCAGCCGUUCCGGAAGGCGCGCACGCAAGCCCGUGUCGGCCUGACUAUGGACAACCUCAAGCGCGUCGACGCGCACAACGCGCACGACGCCGGCGGCCCCGGUGCCCUUGGGCGCAGCGCGCUCCACAGCCCGCCCAGCAGCAGCGGCUCGAUGCGCUCGAGCCCGGCCGUCCACGCGCCCGCCAGCUGGGGCCGCAAGGGCCGGACGAACGCGGACUGGAUGCGGAACAUCACGCGCGACGAGCCGCCCCAGCAGGCGCAGGCGCAGACGCCCGCGCCGCCCGAGCGAGGAUCUGCGCCGCGUCGCGCAGACGACAGCCCGCUCUCGCACAAGGGCUUCCACGCGGGCCCCCAGCGCCCGGACAGCUCGGGCGAGCUGGACCUCACCUUCGACAUGAACGAGGCCUCGAUGCUCGUGUCGACGCCGUACAUCCCGCGCAACACCAAGCUGGACGACAUCCGCGCGCGCGAGAUGGAGACGCUGCGCGAGCAGCGCCUGGCCUCGGCCCGCCUGGAGAGGAUCCGCGAGCACUCGCCCGAGGAGACGCGCCGCCCGUCGUCGCUGGCCGCCGCCCCAGACACGGGCCCUGCCGAGCGCCCGCCGCCCGACGAGGGCUCGCCCGGCCGCCGCCUGCGCAGGCGGACCAAUUCGUGGCAGUCACUGAGCAAGUCGCAGCCUGAGCUCGGCAAGGAGAACUCGCCCAUUGCCGUCUACGGGAAGAGCAUCGAGACGGUGGGCCUUGUCGAGCGCGACGUCAUGGCGAGCGCCGAGAGGACGCCUGCCCGGCCCUUCGCCAGUCGCCGCACCGACUCACAGGACCUUCUGCGCCGUCUGGCCCGCGUGUCCAAUACGCCCAGUCCCAAGGCAUCAGCGCCUCCGCGCCCGCACACCGACCCGGCACCGCCGCAGCACAGCGCCUCCCGCACCGCCGGCGCCCACCCUGCGCAUCCACCACCAGCGGAAAUAGACGCAGCAGCCAGCGACACGUCUGCGCCGGUUGCAGCCGCGGCAUCUACUGCGACGCAGCAAGCACAGUCUCAGCGCGGACUGCGUCACGACACACCACACGAUGCAACGACGCCAGACGUGCCCUCGUCGGCGCCACCAGCACAAGACAUUGAUGCAACGCCGAUGCCGACAGAGCCAGCUGUCCGCAAUCCCAAGACGCCCUACGUAAUGGGGGGGUGGGUGGACACGCCUGGCCCACGCACCACCCACAAGUCGGUCGAGCAGCCGACGGACUUGCGAUCACAAUCUGUUACGAAGGGCAGUUCUAGCACAUCUCGCGCGCCAGAAAUGCCGGCAGCGCUGGCCGAAGAUGAGCAGUCAGCAGCGAGGCCGACUCUAGAGCCCACCCAACAUGCAUCUCCCCCUCCGCAGCUCCCUAGCUCAGCUCUUCAAGCUCUUGUACAGGAAGCUCGGGCUAGCCACGACUAUGGAGAGGACACCAUACACUCGCUCGAAGAACUCAUUGCGCCUACCGCCGAUGAUGAAACCGAGGACGACACAUUACACGGCAUUGAACUCCCUACAACCACGCCCCGAAGUGAAGCAGAACGGGAGCGUCAAGCUGAGGCCGUGCAGCUGCACCGGCUUCGCCAACGUCUACGGACUACAACCACGAGCCUCCGAGAUGCUAGCCGAGGUAUGAGUAGAGUAGGAACAACCGUAGAGCACAACCAGCCCGAGGGAGCGGGCGAGAGGGGUCCUAUCAUCGUCCGCGAAGUCAGUGCUCAGUUCUCGCCGUGGGAAUGGUUCCGCAGCUUCUUCUGGGACGAGCGUCUCAAGACGCAGCGACAAGUCGGGAACAGACCUUUGAAGAUGUGGGGCGGCGUUACGUUACUCAGUAUCUUGCUAACACUGUCCUUCAUCUGGUGGGCGAGCGAAACUGUCGCCUGCGAGAUCUACUGCCACCCCGAGUAUGCGAGCUAUUCACCCUAUCCUUUUGCCGUUAACACGAACGCGCCAAAGCGCGGCGUUGUCAUUCCGACACUCAUAUACCGCACAUUUUUAAAAACUUGGUCGACGCCUAUCACUUCAUCUAUCGCACCUCUACUGUCUUGGACCUGGUCCACAUGUUGGAGUCUCGGCGCCAGCAUAACUAGUUUAAACAGGUUAUCGUACGGGAGAUUUGCAGACAACGACCCUGCGAUGUCUGUCCACACGCAAGCUUCUUGGGGAAAGCAAGAGAAGAUACUUGACGAGACACUUGAGGAAGACACCUGGGAUUGGAGUAUGGCGGAGGACGAGAUUCUACGGCGCUAGGUACGGGGUGUCUUCGCGACUUUCUCUUAUUGAUUUCGAUUUGCACAGCAUUGUUCAGCGUGGCGUUGGCGUUGCUUCUCGGUCUGGGACUGCGACGGUUCUGCUAUUUGGCUUUGGAGUAACGAUGUGAAAUC